AUGGGCAAUAGUGAUGAUGAAAGUGUCGUGUUCGAGUCAACUGGACUCAAUGUCGUAGGCUCUUGGCUGCUUGGUGGAGAUACUGACAAUCGAGAAGAGAAGAUACAUCAAGUAGAUCAAGAGAUACAGCUGAACAAGCGCCAUCCUGUGACGCUCUACCGUCCUUCCUCGUCUUCUGUACCAAGUCUUACGCGACCCAAUACUGCCGGUCAUACAGACAUUACAUUGACAGAGCAGGAGCGAGAGAUGAAGCGCAAGAUUCUACGUAAGAAUCGAUCAGAAGACGCUAUUAUGAUGGAGAGUAAGGCACAGAAGCAGGAAGACGAAGCACAAGACGAAGAAGAGCAGGAACUUGUCCGCUUAAAGACACAGACACGAAAUGGUGAUAGGAAACGCAAAUGUACAGCGCAGAAUGAAAUACUGGAUAAGUUGAGAGAAGAUGCGAGCAAGAAAAAGGCCAAGAACCUGAAGCGAAAGCUGAGUCUGCAGCGUAAGAAGCAGCAACAGCGAGUGUUGAAUCAGAACAAUGUCACUGCUACUACCUGA